CUUUUCUUUUGUGGACGAUAGUCAUAAUUUUUUGGUCCACAUUAGUGGUACUUACAUUACAAUUACAUAAAAAUUUAGCUUGUCUAUCAGAUGGAUCAAGAUGUCCCCCAACAAUGUGGUUGUGUAGUAAUGUAGGUACAAACAAAUCAAAAGGAAAUGGUGGUGAUUCAAAAAUUACUAGUAAGGAAGAAAGUGGAUCUACAGAGAGUAGCACACCUGAUAAACAUAAUGGAACUGAUAGUAUAUCAGAAAAGAAACCCAAUACUGGAUCCCAAGGAGGAGCUCCUGAAAGUUCUGAAGCUGACAGUAAAACAGAAAAAAAUUCUGUUACUGAACCCCAAGUAGGAGCUCCUGAAAGUUCUGAAGCUGACAGUAAAACAGAAAAAAAUCCUGAUACUGGUUCCCAAGGAGAUGCAUCUGAGAAGUCUGGAGAAGAAGAUGGUGAACUAGAAAAAAAAUCUGAUACUGGACACCAGGGAGGACCUCUUAAUGUUUCUGGAAAAGAUGAUGGUGGAUUAAAAAAUACAACUGAAACAGACCACAAUAAAAAUAGCCUUAUUGUCGACUCAAAAAAUGGUUUUGAAGAAAAUGUUGUAAGUAUAAUACAAUAUUCUUUGGCAAAAAAUUAA